AUGGCUUUGAUACAUUCCAAAUUUGACUUUUUGAAUAAACCUUGGUGGAGACCAGAUUAUGACGACCGCGUUCCUCAGUAUUUCAUCUUAAAUACCAAUCGUCUCCAACAAACCAUAUUAUUAUCUAUUAAUAACGAGGAUGAACUUCUUUGGAAGGGUUUCAUGGACCUUCAACGCGAACGUUAUUUAAUCGAAUGCAUUUCAGCGGAAGGCGAUAUAGACAUCGAUGUUAUAAAACAGCUGUUAAAGAAAUCAUGGUUUAAAAUUUUUCUGAAAUACGUUUGCAGAAUAGUUUUUCCAAGAAUAAUUUUUACACCUAUUUUACGCUUGACUAGUUAUAUUUGCAUAAUAACGUUUGGCAACAAAAUCCAUAAAAUAAUAUUUGGUCCUUCUCGUUCUUCGCACCUAGUUAAAAAAGUCCAAAAUCUUUAUGAUACCAUUAACGGCAUUUUCCCGUCCACCUUCUUUCCUAACCUUCCAAUAGAUCGUUUUACGCCAUUGCUCGCAAAGCAGUUGCAUCAACAAAUUGGCAACGGGAUGAUUGACAAUGCGGGUCGGUACAGAACGCAAUAUGUUAUGGCGGCACAAGAAAAUUAUGUUUAUUUGAGGCCAAAUUUGAUAGAGAACAGAAUAGAAGAGCUAUUCCGUCAGUGUCGAGAAAAAUUUGAGGAAGAGGAAUUAGAGUUAGAUGAAGCUAUCAAAUUCGGGGCGUGUUUUCUCACUCACUUCUUAUAUAUACAUCCUUUCAUGAAUGGAAAUGGGAGAGUGGUUAGGUUACUCUUGAGUUAUUUGUUAUCAAGAUUUACUGUAGUGCCACUUUCUUUGUAUACAGGAACGAGAACACGAGAUUUAUAUUUACAGUGUCUGCGUGAAUCAAGGUUUCAUGAACCAUUCAUGCCCAACGCACUUGCUACUUUUAUACUUGAGAACGUAUAUAUGACAUCUUAUAACGUAUGUACAGUGAUGGAUAUAGAUAUUCAGAAUAAUGAUUAA